CGGCCCAACAACAUGGCUGCCCCCUUGGAGCUCAGUUGCUGGGGAGGCGACUGGGGGCUCCCCUCGGUGCACAGCGAGUCCCUGGUGGUAAUGGCUUACGCCAAAUUUUCUGGUGCACCCUUGAAAGUCCAUGUUAUCGAUAACACUUGGAGAGGUUCCAGAGGUGAUGUGCCAAUUUUGACAACCGAAGACAGUAUUAUUUCGCAGCCUGCAAAAAUAUUAAACUUUUUGAGGAAACAGAAAUACAAUGCUGAUUAUGAGCUCUCAGCAAAACAAGGGGCGGACACCCUGGCUUACAUCGCUCUCCUGGAAGAGAAGCUUCUUCCUGCAGUGCUUCACACAUUCUGGGUUGAGAGUGACAAUUACUUUACUGUGACCAAACCAUGGUUUGCGUCACGAAUUCCUUUUCCCUUGAGUUUGAUCCUACCUGGAAGAAUGUCGAAAGGAGCAUUGAAUAGGAUUCUCCUGACCAGAGGAGUGCCUCCUCUCUACCACCUCCAAGAAGUGGAAGCUCAGAUAUACAGAGAUGCCAAGGAGUGCCUAAAUCUUCUGUCAAAGAGAUUGGGAACAUCUCAGUUUUUCUUUGGAGAUACGCCUUCUACCUUGGAUGCCUAUGUGUUUGGUUUUCUUGCACCUCUUUACAAAGUGCGAUUUCCCAAAGUUCAGUUACAAGAACACUUGAAGCAGCUUUCCAACCUGUGUCGUUUUUGUGAUGAUAUCCUAAGCAGCUAUUUUAGGGUUAGCCUUGCAGGCAUCUCUCCAGCUGGACAAGAUACAGUAGAUGCAAAUCUUCAGAAACUCACACAGCUUGUAAAUAAGGAGUCCAACUUGAUUGAAAAGAUGGAUGACAAUCUUCGCCAGAGCCCUCAACUUCCCCCUCGGAAACUGCCAACACUCAGAUUGACUCCAGCCGAGGAAGACAGUAAUUCCUUACAGCGGCUGUCACCCUGA